GGCGGCCGCGGGGCGCGGAGCCGUGCGGAGCUAUCGGGCUGCUGCGGUGCCUCCAUCACCUCCCUGGUGGGCGGCCUCCGUUGGGGCUUCAUGUCUGUGCUCUGCCCUCUGCCCUGCCCCGAUUAUCUGAGAUCAGCUGAAAUGACUGAAGUGAUGAUGAACACCCCAGCUAUGGACGAGAUCGGGCUAAGCCCCCGCAAGGACGGCCUGUCAUACCAGAUUUUCCCCGAUCCCUCUGACUUCGACUGUUACUGCAAGCUGAAGGACCGCCUGCCCUCAAUCGUGGUGGAGCCAACAGAGGGCGAUGUGGAGAGCGGUGAGCUAAGAUGGCCGCCGGAAGAGUUCCUUGUGCAGGAGGAGGACGAGGAGGAGGAGGAAGAAGAAAACUGUGAAGAUGCAAAGAAGGACAACAAGGAGCAAUAAAUGGCUUCUAGGGAAAGGCAAGGGACUGCACCCUUCUAAAGGAAGAGCCACACUUUUUCGAAAGGCUUUUUAAAGGAAAAAAAAAGACAAGUUCAACUUUGCACCUGCAAGAUCUUAGUUUUUUUGUAUUCUCUGUAUUGAGAACUGAAGCCCUCAGUGUCAGCAGACCUUCUGAGGAAGGAAGUGUCGCAGAGAAAUGUUUGCUGUUCUUGAGAUCACUAUCUGUAUUUUUCCAAGGUGGAGACAGCAGUGAAAUUCUGAGCACGUGGUGGAGGGUGACCACACAAAGGAUGCUGGAGGGGGGAGCAUGGGGAUGGAGGAGUGUGGAGGGAAAGCAAGCACAGCAGUGCUCAGCUGUGAGCUGCCUCUGACCAAAAGCCUGAGAACAGAGGAGUCAUCUCUCAGAUCUGCCUUUCUUAAAGCUUCCAUUUUGUGUGUCUGAAGGUAGAAGGGUGUCCAUAGCAAAGCAUUGCUAAAUGCUCUACUGCUGAGGGGCCCAUAGCUCUCUCCAGUUCAGCACCUCCUAGAGUCAUGUUGGGGUCAUACAUCCAUAGGAGUAGUGGGCUUCUUGCUCUCGAGCCUGUACCAGUCACUUUCCUAAAGCUGGUUUUUCCCCCUCAGUUUGCCUUUAGCCCUUUCGGUGCUGAACAGCUGUAUUUGCAGGGUGAUGUUAGGCUGCUGCUUGUCAUCUCUGCUGCUGCAAGGAUCUAGUUUAUCUUGCAGGUGAUUAGCAUGAGGUAGUGCAAAUCCAAUGUAAAGACACAUUCUGUUUGCAGCAUGAGCUCAUGUAGAUUUGAACACCUUGGAUUUUUCUCUCCUAUUCGCCAAGGCUGCUGCUGUUGGUCUUGUCUUGUUUCUAUGCCCAAAGCUACAGGGUGGGGAUUACACCUGCUUGCCUUGGUGUCUGAGGCUGUAGGGUUUCAUAUCUCCUACUUGCUGCAUCAUGGGCUUGUGAGGGCUGGGUUGGGGGAUCUACAGCUUUGAACUGCAGGGCCUCUUCAUACCCUGGCAGUGCAGGGCAGGUUUGGCUGCUCCUGUAGGAACCUGCAGAGGGGGGAGUGCUGCCAGAACCGGAGGUAACCCAAAUGUUAGAUACCAGAUCUAGGGUGGAUUGCCAGUGGGAAGGGCGAGGGCUGCUGUUUAAAGAGUAUUAGCCUGAGUGUCCUGAGAUAGGAUGUCUGCUUUGUGGCAUGGGUGAAACAUUUGUAGGUGUUUAACGAAGUGCAGAUUGGUUUGCAAAGUCUGUGGCUGUCCUUAUUUACCAUAUCCUGCUCCAAGGAGGAAUAUCCUGUCUCUGGGGAGGAGGCAAUUCUGCUGCCAAACAGGGUAACCCACUGUUUUCCUGGAAAGUGAUGCUCUUGUGGCUUUGUGGAUCAGCUCAGGGAGCCAGUUGCUCUUGGAAUAGGAUGAGAACAGUUACUACCUAAACCAAAUCUGGAGUCACAGAAGAGGAAAAGAAGUGUCAAGGCCUUAACCAAACUUUCAUAAUAAUCCCAAUGCCACCCCCCUUUGCUUAUAACAGGUUUCAUUUUUAAAAUCUAUUUGAACAUGUGUAUUUGUAUUUUUAAUACCUCAUAAGUAGUUAAGUGCUGGUGGGGGUUGGGAACUACUUUAAAAAUGUUGACAGGAUUGUUUCAGUCUUUGUGUUUCAACAUAAUGGCAAUAACUUAUCAGUUCUGCAUCACUGUUUCAGACAGAUAGGAGUUCGGAGAUGAGUUAGCACACAGCAGGACAAAUUCAGUGUUCCUACACUGCAGCUGGUCUCUAACCUAGUGAUGCAGGCCUGAUUAUACGUUCUCCUUGACUGUCUGGGUGGAUGGAUUGUCACGGAAUGGUCAUGAUGUAGCGAUGCCACUUUCUCUGACAAUUGUUUCAGCUGUUGUAUCUGUAACACUUGUUCUAGUCUUGCUGUUGUAAUGGAAUGAGCUCGUACACCUGUAUACCAGCCAGUUGUCCUAUUUCUAAGUGUUACCCUGUUGGUCUCAGGCUGUACCACUAAGUCAAAAGCUGUAUAUCAAAGAUAAUACCAUGUUGCAGCAAUGAGAUGGCAAUCCUUGGACUUCAAAGCUGCUGUCUGCCCUAAAGACUUGUGUAGUUCUGUCUGCAUCCUUUUUUGGAAGUAUUGUGUAUAUUUCUAUUUGUCGUUGAAUGCAUCUAAAGAACAAAGCACUCCAGUAAAAAUCCUCCUGUUGUAUGAUAUACAUUCUAUAUUUCUGUAAUUCUUUUUUGAGCCUCAGGGAGAAGCUAGCAUUUUUUUCAAACUACAUUUUUGUCACUGUGACAGUUGUAAAUAAAGUUUGAAAAUGCUUUCCAAAC